GUUUCUCAGGUGAGUUCGGUGCCUCACCGGUCCAGUGAGACAUGGGACUUGGGGCUUGAUUCCGCCACCCCUGGAGAAUUUCGUUUCUUGACACUCGCUGGGCUAUACUUGAGCUCCAGUCCGGCGAUGCAGGCCUUGUUGAGGGCGAGGGUUCCCCGUGCUCUUCUUGGUGGGGGCCCUCCGGCCUCCGAGUGCACUGGGUAAAGUGGAGCCCACUGAAGUUAACUUCGGCCCUCAAGGUAAAACAUGGCUAAAAGCUUACGGAGUAAGUGGAAAAGAAAGAUGCGUGCUGAAAAGAGAAAAAAGAAUGCCCCAAAGGAGGUCAGCAGGCUUAAAAGUAUUCUCAAACUAGAUGGUGAUGUUUUAAUGAAGGAUAUUCAAGAGAUAGCAACUGUGGUGGUACCCAAACCCAAACAUUGCCAAGAGAAAAUGCGAUGUGAGGUAAAAGAUGAAAAAGAUGACAUGAAAAUGGAGACUGAUGUUAAGAGAAACAAAAAGACUCUUCUAGACCAGCAUGGACAGUACCCAAUAUGGAUGAACCAAAGGCAAAGAAAAAGGCUGAAGGCAAAGCGAGAGAAAAGAAAGGGGAAAAGCAAAGCAAAAGCAGUGAAAGUGGCAAAGGGUUUGGCCUGGUAGACUCUUAAAACCUUGGAAAAUGCCACAUGGGAUAGAUGACGGAUUAGAAUGUAUACACAUGUAUACUUUGAUUUCAACUGCCACCAAAUGAAAACCAUUUGUUUUCCUAUUUUAACUUGGCCUUUUUUCUUCAAUUCAAACCCAGCAUAACUCCUCAAGUUUGUUUUGGGAACUUGAAUAAAAUAUUUUCUUUGAUACA